AUGACAGAAAUAUAUUAAAUAUUAAUAUUUUCAGCGAAAUGAAUCUUCAAUGAAAACUUUUCAUUAUGACAUAUUCUAUUUUCAUCUAACUUCUCCACUUCUAUGUCGUUGCUAUAAUCACAGUAUUCACCGCGAAACUGCUACGUAGACGAAAACAGAUUGUUAAACGCUGUCAGAAAUGGUGUUUUAGUUAGAAUGUUAUAGAAAAAACGUUGAAUUGUUUUAGCAGGUACAAUAGAACUGAUAACUUAAUAUUAAAUAGCAAUGGGAAAGUAUUAAUUCGAUGAAGUAAAUAUCUUUCAUUUAUUCAAAAAAUACAUCUUAGAAAAUGGAAGAAAGUACAAUACUAUGGAUGCUUUCACUGGUAAUGUUAGUCGGUUCCUGUAUAGCUGGAUCCUUGCCAUUAGUCAUGAACUUAUCUGAGAUUCUACAAAGAACCCCAUGAUCAUGAACAUCAUGAACCUUUAAUCUUUCUAGGAUAAAUUACAACUGGUUUCGAUACUUGGUGCUGGACUUCUUGUAGGCACUGCGCUAGCUGUGAUUAUACCUGAAGGUAUAAGAGCAUUGUUUACUGAUGGAAGCAAUAGUGAUCAAGGAGUUCACAGUGAUCCUCACUCCUUAAUAGGUAUUAGUUUAAUACUUGGUUUUGUAUUUAUGCUACUGAUUGAUCAAUGUUCAGCUAGAAGAAGUGGAGUAAGAGAAAGGAGUGUCACUGCCACCUUAGGUCUUGUAGUUCAUGCAGCAGCUGAUGGAGUAGCAUUAGGAGCUGCUGCAACUACAUCACAGGCUGAUGUAGAAUUAAUUGUUUUUUUAGCAAUAAUGUUACAUAAGGCACCUGCUGCAUUUGGUCUGGUAUCAUUUUUACUACAUGAGGGAGUAGAUAGAAAAAAAAUUGGUAGACAUCUCUUAGUAUUUUCUUUAGCUGCACCUUGUCUUGCUCUUGUAACAUAUUUUGGUAUUGGGAAGGAAGGGAAAGAAACACUUAGUAAUGUUAAUGCAACUGGAGUAGCAAUGUUAUUUAGUGCAGGUACAUUCCUAUAUGUUGCAACAGUACAUGUUUUACCAGAACUAAUGACAAGAAAUAGUGGCAACUAUACACAUCUACCAACUGCCGAAAAUGUUGCAGUGUCUUCUUCUGGACUAAAAAUUAAAGAAAUAUUAGUUUUAGUAUUGGGCUCCCUUUUACCUGCAUUAAUUACGACUGGUCAUCAUCAUUGACAAAAUAUCAUACAAAAAAUACAUCUGUUUUUCACUAUAUGUAAUAUAAAAUGUCCCUCUCAUUAAAAGGUAUAAUAUUUUAAUAUAUUCCAUGAUUUUUAUAUAAAAUCAUAAAGUGACAACUGGAAAGUUCGUCAAUUCAGACACCUGUUUCAAUAAUAAUCAAGAGAUAUACUUUUAUGUACUGUACAUAAUUGUAGAAAGGGCAUAUCAUAUUAUUAUAUAUUUGUAUAAAUUUAAAGAUAAAAGAGUAAGACACAGAGUUAUAUAAAAUAACGCAAAAAACA